CCCAGCCUCCCUUCACCAUGUGCUUCCGUGUCAAGUUUUACCCCACAGACCCCGCGGCACUGAAGGAGGAGAUCACCAGGUACUUAGUCUUCCUGCAGAUCAAAAGGGAUCUGUACCACGGCCGGCUCCUGUGCAAGACGUCGGACGCCGCCUUGCUGGCUGCCUACAUCCUGCAGGCUGAGAUCGGGGACUACGACCCRGGGAAGCACCCAGAAGGCUACAGCUCCAAGUUUCAGUUCUUCCCCAAACACUCGGAGAAGCUGGAGAGGAAAAUUGCGGAGAUCCACAAAUUAGAGCUGAGUGGGCAGACACCAGCUACUUCAGAGCUGAAUUUUCUCAGGAAAGCCCAGACUCUGGAGACCUACGGCGUUGACCCACACCCGUGCAAGGAUGUGUCUGGGAACGCAGCAUUUCUGGCCUUCACUCCCUUCGGCUUCGUUGUCCUACAGGGAAACAAGAGAGUUCACUUCAUCAAGUGGAACGAGGUGACCAAGAUGAAAUUCGAAGGGAAGACUUUCUAUCUGUAUGUAAGUCAGAAGGAGGAGAAGAAAAUUGUUCUCACCUAUUUUGCCCCAACACCAGAAGCCUGCAAACACCUCUGGAAGUGUGGGAUCGAAAACCAGGCUUUCUACAAGUUGGAGAAGUCRAGCCAGGUACGGACGGUGUCCAGCAGCAACCUGUUCUUCAAGGGGAGCCGAUUCCGCUACAGCGGCCGCGUCGCCAAGGAGGUGAUGGAGUCCAGCGCCAAGAUCAAGAGGGAGCCGCCCGAGAUUCACCGGGCCGGGCUGGUGCCGAGCCGCAGCUGCCCCUCCAUCACGCACGGCCCCCGGCUGAGCAGCGUGCCCCGAACCCGCCGGAGAGCCGUCCACAUCUCCAUCAUGGAAGGUCUGGAGUCGCUCCGUGACAGCGCCCACUCGACCCCGGUGCGCUCGGCAUCCCACGGCGAYGCCUUCGCGGGCCCCGGCCGGAGCAGCCGCGCCGAGAGCAGCGAGCGGGUGGCCGUGAUCGCCGACGAGAGCUACAGCCCUGCGGACAGCGUGCUGCCCACGCCCGUGGCCGAGCACAGCCUGGAGCUGAUGCUGCUGUCGCGCCAGGCCAACGGGGCCCCGUGCAGCAUCGAGGAGGAGAAGGAGUCGGAGGCGGGCACGCCGGCGGCAGAGGCGGAGGGCGAGCUGCGGGCGCUGUGCCCGGGCGCCGGCAGCCUGGGGCCGGCACAGGCCCAACAGGCGAUGGUUUGCCUGCAAGCUCCGCGCCGUGGUAAACCUGCUCAUUGACACCUGAAGGCAGGAGCCAC